AUGGACUGGUUAACCAGGUACAAUGGAAUCAUUAGAUGUACCAUGAAGACAGUACAGUUGACACAUAUUGAUGGUACCAAAGUGGAGUUACAAGCUACGACGGAGUCAUCUGUCGAUGGUAGACUCAAUCAGGCUAAUGCAAUGGAAGAUAGCAGAGUGGAAAUCUUAGACAAUGUAGUAACUGAUGCUCUAAGCAGGAAAUCUCAGGUCAAUGCUAUAACUCUUCAAGAGAUGAGGAACGAUAUAUGCAAGAAGUUCGAGAAGUUGAAUCUGGGAAUGCUGUGUAACAGUGAGCUCUCUGGAGGAAUCCACGUCAUCCUUUUUACGCGAGCUGUCGGAUUGCGCCACCCGCUCCUCACAACCGUUCAAUACGGACAGGUCGGCCACAUCGUCUCCAUCGAAUCGCGAUUCUUCGAUCGCCUUCUCCGCUCGUGGCUGUGUGCUAGAAAAAAACCACCUCCACGGCAUGGGCGUAUUCACCCCGACCCCAGCCCACGUUCUCCGUGCUCCUCGCCACCUCGAAGGACCGUGCUCUGGCUCCACUGCCGCCUCGCCGGCGCGCUGCGCCCGCUCCUAGCUUCUCCAGGCUUGUCGCCCCUCCUUCUCUAUCUCCAAGAGCCCGCGCCAAAUCCGCAUCUAAAAUCGAAUCCCCAACUAAAUACGCUGGAUCUCCACUCUAUCCUCAACCGAAUUCGGGCGAGGUACCUGUGGCGGCUCGCCGAGCACCCCGCGAUCGGGCCCAGUGAUGAGCUGCGUGUAUUCUUGCAGGCCGAGGGAAAGAUGCCGUUGUCUGGCAGCACUGAUGUAGCGUCCAGGAUGCUCGAUGGACCGGCGCGGCUCCCGCGACAGCUCCCCUCCGGGGAGGAGGAUGUGGUGCAGCCAGCCAAGGGCGGGAGGGACCUGCUGAGGAUAUUCAAAGAGCUCAAGCAGUCGGUUGUGAUAGACUGGGUUGACGUCAAGCCACCACUGGUGGAGGAGGAAAGGGGGGUUCCUGGAGAAGAAGGAGAAGCUGCAGGAGUGGGAGCAGCAACUCACCAGCACAUCACAACAGGCUGUUUAAUGUUGGCAUCGUCCUGUCCUCUCCACAAAGGCACAAACAGAAACACUUGUCAGGGCUCAGCAAGAUAUGGGUGAAACAAUAGGAGCGCUCAGAUUGGCAUUUAUCAACUAACAAAGUUUGAGACUGAGGAGGCAAUGUAUGACUCGCAGAGAAUAAGUGCAGCUGACAGGUACGCCGCAUGAUCAUUUGAGCAUAAUGUUGUCUGUCCAUACUGCAUUUUCCGAUCAGGCAAGUGCAUUAUUGACUGUACAAACACUCAUCUCAUAUCUGGCAUCAUUACAGUCCAAGAUUGAGAAACUUGAACCUGCAGCGUCAAAGAUAUUUGGUGGUAAUGAAGCUAGACUUCGCAGAAUUGAAGAGCUAAGGGAAACAAUAAGGGCUACUGAAGAUGCUAAGUUUUGUGCUUUAAGGGAGUAUAAGAGCAAGAAUUGGACGACCAUUGCUGCUAUUGUUUAUUCCAUGCUUUCAUUACUACUCCUUUAACCUCGUAUAACAGCGACCAUCAUUUUGUCCUUCUUAUGCAAAAUCAAUUUCAUGUAGUGGUGCAGUAAGCUUUACAUAUUGCUCCCAUCUUGUUGUUUGUGUGAAAAUAGAAACCAUAAUCAACAAUAGGAAGAACUGGUGUCUUCAUAGCUGGGAGUAAUAUGGUUUUCAGGAGGCUGUAUUUAAAUAGGGGCCUGGAGAUUUAGAAUUGCUUUUGAGGAUAUAUUCUGCAAUAGGGCCUGGAGAUUUAGAAUUGCUUUUGAGGAUAUAUUCUGCAAUAUUCAUAUCCAUUCAUUCAUGAUCUGAGAUAUGCUCCCUUGUAACUUUGGAGCAAACCAUAAGUUUUUUUUUUAUUUGCCUGCUUGCAUGGGCCAUAUAUCCUUGAUGUUAGGCACCUGGUUGGCAAAUAUAAAAUAGCAGCAGCAAUAGCAGUUCUUCC